AUGGAUCCACCUCGAGCGGCGUCAGUAUCUGGUGGCAUUUUCCUUUGGAAAUUAAGGGUUUUCCGUGCAGCGGUCCUCAUAAGGAUACCUAUGUUGACUGGUGGGGAAUUUAAAUUGAAACACAUUGACGAGUCGUGCGAAGGAACUGUAACAAUUGUCUCUCUUCUUAUGCUAAUAGAAGAACGAGAUGCUCUAAGAAUGCCCGAGAAAUAUGCUUAUGUGUUGAGUCAUAAUGCUCUCCUGAUCGGCAUUCGCCAUCCAAACCUCUCGUUCACGCCUGAGGAUCGAGAUCCAAUUCUUGAGGCACAGCCUCGGGAUCCCGACAUCCGCGCACACCUGCGCCACUUCCUCCGGAGAGUAAUCCCUGAACAUUUUAAAAUUUUUGCUUUCAACGAUGUCCCUCAGCAUCUCCUUCUGCUCAACUGUCAUCCUUCUCCUCUGAACUACAGGCUCCUCCUCCUCCUCCUCCUCCUCCUCCACCUGCUGGUUCACCAUUCUGUGGAUCUGAGGCCCAUUAGGGGGAAGAUUGGCGAUUUCGGGCCCUGGAGCCUGCUGGGGUGGGUUUUGCUGAUGGGCCUGGGCCCGGGGUUGCAGGUCUGUGAUCUCGGCUGGCGGGGCCCGGUCAAACCGGGGGAGGGUGACCUCCACCCUCCGGUGAAAGUUGCGGUGGCAGCCACAGGCAGCACACUGCAGGAAAUCCGGGCUCCCAUUUGGGCCCUUGGGCUCAAACAGGAGACAUCCGUCGAGAAUGUAUCGUCUGAGGGGAGCCCCGUGGUUGUGCAGGCACUCCCGAUGCAUGACAACCACUAA